AGUGAGGGAACCGCACACGCAGAACAGGAAGGGAGUGGGUUUACAGUGUGGUCCAUGGGGUUUCAAAGAUAAAACAGGACGCGUCCAUUAUUUUGUAGAGCCGUGCUCGAGUGCCUGAGGUUACCACAAGGUUUGUUGUUAUUAUGCUGGUACGAGCUUGUUCUCCUAGAUGUGUUUUUUUUUUUUCUCUCUCCAAACUUAACCCGCCCUACCCCCCUAUUACAAAAGACUAUUGCACCUGCUUCGCUCUGAAGAACUUAAAAUUGUGCGUGUUGUGAAAUGUUCCGAAAACACUCGUGACGAGGCGAAACAAUAAGCGAAACCCGAGUCUCUCUUCUACCCGGUGAAGGAACGCUUGUACUGUUCAUUUCUACCACGAGAGGUUAACUUAUAUAUCUAUAUAUAAAUUAAAGAGAAUUUGCAGGCAAAAAAAAAGUAUACGUGUGCUGCUAUAAACGACGAGGUAAAAAAAAAAUAAUAAUUUCCAGAAGGGGCUCUGAACUUAACAAAACCAGGAACUACUGCGACUGGAAGUCUACAGAACUGCAUGAAAGAGGGUUAUCGUCUCGGCCGUUUCCCAGAUCAACAGUGCCAUCUGGAGGCGACUGUUGAGCAUGCUGCUCUGAGUGAUGGACGUACAGGUCAUGGAAACGAUGCCGAUCCAAUCGGUGCUCAGCCCUUUGCACACGUCGACCAAUCUGAAUCAAGGCGUGAAGGCUGUGGCCGUGUCUGGACGUCAGGAUCUGGAGAAGAAUGCAGUGGAGGGGACCUCCCAUUCCAGUCCCAGCUCCAGUUCUUCCACCAGUUUCUCUUCAAAUUCCAGCUCGGGAGACGAGACAGACAACGAGGAAACGAGCAGCACAGAGAGUGCGCAGAAUAGGACAGCAGGAGCACCAGAGGACCUGCGCAAUGCAAGCGGGCAGGAUACAGGACACCUACAGGUGCUGACCCUGAUCGCCAAGCUGGAUCGGCGAAUCACAGACCUAGGUCAGCAGCAGGAAGAGCUUCAAAUUGAGAUGGAGGUGGAAGUGGCCUUGCUGGAAGGGGAGAUGCAGAUGGAGAAAGCGGAGUUGAACAAGGAGACAGAGCUGCUGGACACACUGCAGAAGAGACUCCAGGACAUGGAGCAGAAAUACCAGUCUGAGAGGGAGAAGGUACAGCAUGCAGCCACCGCCAUUCACACCAUCUAAUUAAAUAUACCCUGC